UAAAGAUUUGAGCUCGCAAACCAAACUAGGGAUUGAUGAAGUUUUUUAAAAUUUAAUAUUUGAAUCCUGGUUUUUAUAGAAAAUAACUGACAAACUUUUAAGUAAAUUUAGGGUGGCGCAAAGCUAUACUCUACUAAAAACCAAAAUUAACUUAUUUCUAAGUAUGUUAACUAAAGCUUACUAACUUCCUUAAAAUUGGAGAAAAGUGUGUAAAAUGGAUUUUUAUAAUCCUCUGUAAAAUUUUGGCUAAACUAGACAAUUCACAUUUUCGAUCGGUUAUGUGCUGACCACAUAAGAUUUCUUUUUCUAUAAAAGAGUAAUAUAUUUUCAGUUUUGUAUCAGUUUUAAACAAUCCAACAAUAAUAAAGGAGGUUCAAAUUGCAAUCACUAAAACAAAAUUAAGAACUUUUCUUUAAUGAUUUAAAAGUUCUAAAUAAAAUCUAGAAAGAAAAAAUUAUGAAUUUCUCAAAAAUAUUUGUAUUUGCUUUAAUUGUUUUAAUGGCAGUUGUUGGACAGUCCCAAGCUGGAUGGUGGGAAAAAAUAUUUAAACCAGUUGAAAAAUUAGGACAAAGGGUACGUGAUGCAACAAUCCAAACAAUUGGGAUUGCACAACAAGCUGCUAAUGUUGUAGCUACAGUUGGAUAAUUGACUGGUUGUUUUUUAUUUGAAUUAGAAUUUUUGAGCAUUUAUUGUUUUACAGUUUAUCAUUACAUUGUCAAUAUUUUACAUUCUAAACGUGUCAAAUGUACCUUGUUAUUCAUAAAACUUAAGUUUUAAGCAAUUUAAGAUAUGGGAAAAUACAAAGAAAUAAAAAAAAAUGUUUGUAAUAAAACGAAAUUUAAUUGUUUUAAUUAAUUUUCCUAGCUUUUUGUGUUGUCAAGUAUAUAUUUUGCGUACGAGUAUAAGUUUGUUUUAC